CUCUGAAAGCCUCUUCUCUUCUCUUCUUUUUGCGAUUCCCUCACUCUUGUCUUUCAUUGACGAAGAGCAAGCGACUUUGAGCAAGCAAAACUUGAGCUCGAGUACCUUAUCUACAAGAUAUCGACAAACACACCAGCCCACUAGUUUUCGCGCGGACCCAACCCCGACUCUUCAUUCGAGUCGCGCUUGAUUGGCUUACCACCUUUUACAUAACCACAACCAUAAACCAACCCACCCGCCAUGUCUGCUGCCCCCGCCCAAGAAACGCAGCCAGAGACUGCUACUGCUCCUGCUCCUGCUGCUGAGGCUCCUCGUCCAGCCAUCGCCGCUGACGAUAACUUGUCCUGCCAGUGGGACAAGUGCUCUGAGCGAUGCCCUUCGGCUGAAGCUCUUUUUGUAAGUAUUCUAUCUAUUUUGCCGCUUCCUUCCAACACAAGCUAACUCUCCGUUAGGAGCAUAUAUGUGAGAAGCAUGUUGGUCGGAAAAGCACAAACAACCUCAACCUCACAUGUGGUUGGAAUCAGUGCCGCACCACUACUGUGAAGCGUGACCACAUCACCUCUCACAUCCGAGUGCAUGUCCCUCUCAAGCCUCACAAAUGUGACUUCUGUGGCAAAGCCUUCAAGCGCCCGCAGGAUUUGAAGAAGCAUGUCAAGACACAUGCCGACGACUCCGUUCUCCUUCGCUCCCCUGAACAGCACGGUCAUGCAGGUCAAAGCUCUGGAUACAGGCAGGGUGGUAAAGCUACCGCCGGAGGCUACUAUGAUCACCAUGGUGCCCAGAUGCAUCCCGGCCCUGCCAGUUACGGCCACCACCCCGCCCAUAAUGGCUAUUACGCUCCUCAACAGCCAGCUUCCUACGGUCCAGUUUACUAUCCCGUCAGCCAUGGAGGUGACAUCGGCCAGCAUGCAGCUUAUGACAACCGAAAGCGAAAUUACGAUGCCUUGAACGAGUUCUUCGGUGAUGCCAAGCGCCGUCAAAUCGACCCUACUUCCUAUGCCCAAGUUGGCCAGCGCUUGAUGGCUCUCGCCGGACUCCCAAUCCACGGUGGUGGCAUCGCAGACUACAUGCAUGCUCCCUCUAUGGUCCCCGUUGAUGGUCAUCACGGAGGUCACGGCGGUCCAAUGCCACAACACCAAUACGCCCUGCCCUUGCCCAACUUGAGAACCAAGAAUGAUUUGAUGAACAUCGACCAAUUCUUGGAGCAGAUGCAAUCAACCGUCUAUGAGAACUCCAAUGCCGCAGCUGCAGCCGGAAUCCAGCAACCAGGUACUCACUACACUCACUCUGGGGUUAACUUCCGUCAAAGCCACUCUCCUCCUCAGACUGCUCUGCACGGUCUUGGCCACAUGGGUUCUCAUGUGUCCUCGUCUCACGUCACUGCUCCCAUGAUGGCUACCCAUUCAUCUCAAUCCACCUCAUCUGGCACCCCGGCAUUGACUCCACCAUCAAGCUCUGUCUCUUACACGUCAGGCCACUCUCCUGUGUCCUCUCACGGCAUGUCUCCUACCUCCAGACACAGUUCAACCUCAGCAGCCUACCCGAGCCUGCCAGCUGUCUCAAUCGGAUACUCGCCACACUCUACCACCGCUCCUACCUCUACCCUGGGACCAAACUUUGAUAGUGACCCUCGCCGUCGUUACUCUGGUGGCAUGCUUCAACGCAGUGCUGUGCCCAAGUCAGAGAUGAUGGAUACUUCAGACAACGAUUCAACCCCAUCACCAAAGGAAAUGACACCAACCAUUCGUACCUCCGUUGUUUCCAGCAAUAUCGAUCCUGCUCUCUCCGGUGUCACUUCUCCAAGCGCCCAGUCCGAGAGCGGUGAAUCUGCUAAGGACCGCGCCGAGGAAGCCUGGAUCGAGAAUAUCCGCGUAGUUGAGGCACUUCGCAAGCUCAUCCAAGAUAAGCUUGAGCGUCGUGAGUACGUUGAUGAGGAAGAUGUCUCGAUGAGCGGUACCGAGGGUGCUGAGAGUGCAGAGGUCAAGCAAGAGGAGAAGAGUUCAGAGAGCCUGUACCCAGUCCUACGUGCCGACGAGGAGUAGUUUGAUGAUGUUGAUGAUGGAUGAUACCUGGACGUGUGUAUAUGAUGGAAUGGUUUAUGGCGUUACGGACUUGGCUUGGUUGGUGCUUAUUUUGAUUUGAUCAAUACCACCCUACGGAACAUAGGCUUUCGCUUUGGCUUUUGAUUUGCAUGCAUGCGAGUCGUCGUCUACUUUUAUGGUUUUCGAGAUGUGCUCUUGGCUGGAGCUAGCUCGCUACCUUAUCUUCUUUGUCUGUACAUGACUUCCAAAAAUUUCAAACAACGUUACUGCUUCCACGAUCAUACCUGU